AUGGCACCCAAACUCAAGACAUCGAACCCACCACCUCCAGCGUCAUCAGCAUCACCUCACAGUCGCGAUACCAGCCCGGAACUAGGCAGCCCUUCCAAGGUAACGCAAUACAACCAAAAGACAGGCCGUCCUGUUCGCAAAAGCGCGGGCAAGAUCAAGAGGGUCGCGGGUUACGUCGACUUUGAGGAGGCCGAGCUUGACGCCUUGACCGACAGCGAGUUGAGCGAGCUGAGCGAGCCAGACGACGAAGACGACAUGGAUCCACUCAGUCUUUCGGGCAAGAAAAAGAAGAACAAGAAGGGCGCACUGAAGCGUAAACGCAGUCCCUCGCCUCCAUCCCCUCACCUAGAGCCUGUCAUCAACAAUCAAGAGCUUGAUGACCUGACCGACAACGAAGAAGGCGGCGCCUUUCAUCGAAACGACCCUAAGAAGCCACCAAUGACCUUGCAGUUCAACGUACCGCUAGGUUUUCACGGUCCACUCUUCGUUAAGCUUGAUAGCACCCUCCUACACAUCAACCAGCAUGGCAAAUUGCAUGAGAUGCAGCCAGGCAAGUCGAAGAAGCUAUGUACUGUGAGCCCGGAGCAGGUGAGAACAACUGCAGUGCGUCUCAGAGGCUUCACAGAUCUACCAGGCGAGCUCCGAAACACUAUAUAUCGCCAUCUGUUCGCCCGCAAGGACAAAGAUUCAAGGCUUAGAAUCCCCUUGAGAAGCAUUGAUCCCAAAAACAGCCUGACCAAGUCCGCUCAGUUCCUCAGAAGCUGUAAGCUAGUGCACAGCGAAGCCUGUUCCAUCCUCUAUGGUGAGAACACGUUCUCUUUCCAUCGUCAUUACGAUACCCGUGGACCGUACUGGGAGCCGGUACCCAAAGAGAUCGGUUAUCAGGAUGUUUUGCAUUUCUUAAGAACAAUUGGACCCGAGAACAUCCAAUACUUGCGCGAUGUCGAUUUCAUCUUCGAUGAUGCACGCCCCAAAGAUACACCCUACCUCACCUCCAACGAGCAGCGUCGCUAUCUGAACGAUGACUACCUGAUGAACUGUCUGCGAAUUCUCCGGGACGCCAAGCUCCGUAAGAUCUCGAUGUAUUUUGGUGGGCGUCGACAACUGGGCCGCACCGAUGUCAGGUUCCUAGGCUACUUGGAGCAGGUCAAGGCAGACGAGGUGUCGCGGAAAAGCGAGAGGUAUUACCGAAGUGCUGAAAAAUACAUGAGUCACGUCGUUUGGAAUAAUCUGAAGGACAUGAUGACACGCAAAAAGAAGCUUUACGAGAACGAGUAG